GGCGUGGAUCACACAAUAGUGCUAAGUAUCUUCCGAACAUCAACGAUUCUUCGAAGUUCUCCUCCACUACUGGGGCUUUGCUUGUGGAGCUGUAAUGGUGCACCCAGACGCAAGUGAAGGUCCGAAGAGGCCCCUUAAUAAAGAAAACCAAAAUGCACUGGCUUCGCCGACGAGUAGUCCCUUCGGUGUUAACAAGAUCUGCAUUUACUUCGCUCAGAUUCUUAUUUGGUGGCGGAUUGAGCAUUGAGCGUCGCAGAGACUCGUACGACUAUACCCACCUCUUACAACAAUGCAGAACCGCCAAAAGCAUAAAGAAACUACACGCUCAGAUAAUCACCGGAGGUUUUGAGCAGAACCCAUUUCUUGCUACUAAGCUUGUUGGUAAAUACGCCGAGCACGGUGGCUCAAACAUGGAAGAUGCAAGGAAAGUGUUUGAUUUUUUGCACGAGAGAGAUGAUUUUCUAUGGAACACGAUGAUUCAGGGGUAUGCAAAUUCGGGUCCUUUUGUGGAAGCUUUGAAUGUUUAUGAUGAAAUGCGAAGCAGUGGUGUUUCUGCGAAUCGGUACACUUACCCUAAUGUGCUGAAGUCUUGCGGUGCAAUGAAAGAUGGAAAGAAGGGUCGGAUUGUCCACGGCCAUGUUGUGAAAUCUGGAUUUGAAUAUGAUCUGUUUGUGGGGAAUGCUCUUGUGUCAUUUUAUGCCAAGAGCCAGGACAUUGGGACGUCUAGGAAAGUGUUUGAUGAAAUGCCUCAGAGAGACCUCGUGAGUUGGAAUUCCAUGAUUUCGGGAUAUACCAUCAAUGGAUAUGUGGAGGAAGCCCUCGUGCUUUUCCAUGCACUCCUGCAAAAUAAGAGUAUACCUGCGCCUGACAAUGCAACACUUGUUGGUGUUCUGCCUGCUUGUGCUCAAGCAGCAGCCAUCCAAGAGGGCAUGUGGAUUCAUUCCUACACUAUAAAGUCUGGGAUGGAGAUUGAUGCUGCUUUGGGCAGUGGUUUGAUUUCAAUGUAUGCAAAUUGCGGACGGUUCAGCAGUGCUCAGGAUGUUUUUAAUCGAGUUUGUGAUAAAAACAUUGUGGUGUGGAAUGCAAUGAUAAGGUGUUAUGGGAUGCACGGCCGAGCUGAGGAAGCACUUGAAUUGUUCUCACAAUUGGUAGAGAGUGGAUUGCGCCCGGAUGGUGUCAUAUUUUCGUGUCUUCUGUCAACAUGUAGUCAUGCAGGGAUGGUUGCAAAAGGGUGGGAACUUUUUAAAAGAAUGCCUGAUUAUGGAGUCGAGAGGAAUGAUCAGCAUUAUGCUUGUAUGGUAGAUCUCCUGGGGCGAACUGGGUUUCUUGAUGAGGCAGUUGAGUUUAUGAAAACGAUGCCCAAGCAGGCAGGAAAGGAUGCAUACGGUGCCUUGCUCGGUGCUUGUAGAAUUCAUAAUAGAUUAGAACUUGCUGAAGAAAUUGCUGAGAAAUUAUUUGUUUUGGAUCCCGAUAAUGCUGGGCGGUACAUCAUUCUUGCCAAGAUGUAUGAAGAUGUAGGGCAGUGGGAGGAUGCGGCUAGAGUGAGGAAAGUAUUGAGAGAGAAGAAUAUAAGGAAGCCACUGGGAUGUAGUUCAAUUGAGUUGGAUGGAAUUCUUCAAACAUUUGGAGUUGAAGAUGAGUCUCAUCCAUUUACAGAGCAGAUUUUUUACGCUCUGGAAAGGCUGGACGGGGCAAUGGAAGAAGAUAAUGGUUUAAUGGGGUUGCAUUGCCUAAUUUCUGGUAUUUGAGACACAUUGAGCUUUUGGCAAUUUCUAUUUAUGGAAGACUAAUUUUCUUUACAAUUACAUAAUAAUGAAAAGAAACCAUUGGAUGUCACUGUUACUGAUUCA